CAGACUACCAGGCUUCAUCCGUUUAAUCGCUCACAUUCUCUCGCUGCGACCGCUCGUUCGGAGACCGAUAUUUCUUUCCCGAGGUUCGUACCCCUUCUCUUUCUUGAUCUCUCUCGCUCUGAAUUAGCAUAAAGAGAGAGCGAACUAGAGGUCAGUUCUGAAGGCAGCGGACAGAGAGAGUGGAUGGCGCCCGGGAUCUCCGCCGCUGUUACUUGCGGCAUCGGCAGGAACCCCUUUCUCCGCUCGCCACACCGCUGCCUCGUGGCCACCGACUGCGUGCUGCUGUUCGCGCCCCUCCCCAGCAAUCGCUGCCUCCGCCCGUCUAGCAUAUCCUCGGCGCUUCAGCCCUUGAGGCGGCGGAGUCGGUCCGCGGCGGUCUGCUUCGUCGUGGGGCAGAACCGGAGUUCGGAGAUGAAGGAGGCAGCGGAGAUAGAGAGCUCCGAUCUGGCGGCGGAGGAGGAAGAGGCGCGGCGGAUCUUGCUGGACCGGACGGCGGAGAAGAUCGCGAGGAAGCAGGCGGAGCGGCGGACGUACCUGGCGGCGGCGGUGCUGUCCAGCCUCGGCAUCACCUCCAUGGCCGUCGCCGCCGUCUAUUACCGAUUCUACUGGCAAAUGGAGGGAGGAGAGGUUCCGCUAACGGAAAUGUUGGGCACCUUUACUCUCUCCGUGGGCGCUGCGGUGGGGAUGGAGUUUUGGGCGCGGUGGGCGCACCGGGCGCUGUGGCACGCCUCUCUGUGGCACAUGCACGAGUCGCACCACCGGCCGCGCGACGGCCCCUUCGAGCUUAACGACGUCUUCGCUAUCAUUAACGCCGUCCCGGCCAUCUCCCUCCUCUCCUUCGGCUUCUUCAACCGCGGCCUCGUCCCCGGCCUCUGCUUCGGCGCCGGUUUGGGGAUUACGCUGUUUGGGAUGGCCUACAUGUUCGUCCACGAUGGGCUGGUCCACCGGCGGUUCCCGGUGGGCCCCAUCGCCAACGUGCCCUACUUCCGUCGAGUCGCGGCCGCCCAUCAGAUACAUCACAUGGACAAGUUCGAUGGGGUGCCGUAUGGGCUGUUCUUGGGACCGAAGGAACUGGAGGAGGUGGGGGGAGCGGAGGAGUUGCAGAAAGAGAUUAAUAGGAGGAUUAAGCUCUAUAAUAGCAACACGGAUACCAGCGGCUGAGUUUUUUUUUUUUAAUGUAAUUUGAGUUUAGUGGAUGGUAUGGUACCCUUCUUGCUUUUAGGUUGGAUUACCAGAUGACGAUUAGAGUCCGUGAGAAAGUACAUAGAGAUGUGUGGCAAAUGAUUUUUGCACUGCAGCAUAUUUACCAUGUUUCUGCUAGCUGCACUGCUUUUAAUUGUCACACCAUGUUGACAGGGCAAAUUUUGUAAGAAAGUAGUCAAAUUAAAAUUAUAGAAUGGAAAAUUCUAGGCUUUGUAAAGUAUAAAAUUUCCUUUCCAGUUCUGGUGUGCGGUGCAGCCAGUGCUAUUAUAUUAAGGAAAACGUUUUAUCCCCUCUUUU